AUGGCCCCAAACAAACCAGAAGAAUCAUCCGGCGAAUCCACCCAGGAACGGGACGACUUUCUAAACACCUUGGCCGCAUACCACGAAAAGCGAAGGACUGUCCUGGACCGCGAGCCCAAGAUCGGCAGCCGGCACAUCGACCUCCAUCGCCUCUACAAACGCGUCAAUGAAGAGGGAGGAUACGACAAGGUCUCGGAUACCAAGAAUAACAAGCUUGCGUGGCGGAGGAUCGCUUCGGAAUUUCUUCCCAAGAGCCCCAGCAUAACCACCCAGGCGUUUUUGGUCAAGACGGCCUACUACAAGAACCUUGCCGCAUACGAGAUAUCCACGAUCCACAAGCGCGACCCACCGCCGCCUGAAAUCCUCGAGAACGUAUCUGCCAAGGGCGGAGACCUGCUGAACCGCACCCUCGAGAACUUCCAACCACCCAGCAGCCGAGAAGCGGAGCGGCUCAGAGGAGACGAAGAAUCCGACGACGACGAGGAUCUUGACAAGACGCCCAAAGACGACAAGAUGGAAGUUGAUGACCCGGCCAGCCUCAGCCGCUCGACACGCUCCCUCCGCCAUGCGCCGCCCCAGCGAGUCCUCUUCCAGCCCGAAGCCUCGACGCGCCAGACUCGCCAGUCAACCGGCCACCUCAACUCCUCGCAAGCAAACGGCUACGCCACCAGCGGAGCAGCCAUGACGAUUGCAAACUACGAGCCACGGACCGCCGUGCCAGCCACCAUGAAGCCCGUCGUAACCCCGUCAAAUUCUCUCGAUACAUACAUUCAAUCGCGCAAAAAGUACAUUCUGAAUAAGAAAAACAGGCCGGUGCCGCUCAAGGGUAUGAUGCUGCCCGGUACUGGCUUUCCUGGACCCAGCAUCUACAUUCGCGCUCUCAAUGCGUUACGGUCAAAGCAGCCCGAGGAGGAGGCAUACGCUCUACAUCAUUUGGUUAAGAUUUCUCAUGAGCGGGGCGACAAGUACCGCUUUGAUCAGUUUCCAGGACUCGCAGAGGCGCUCAUAGCCAAGGUCAUCGAUGUGGGAUCGCUCUUCUACGACGUCAACUGGGAGAUUUCAUACGUCGAGGAGGAAUUCAGCCAUCCCCAGACGCUAAAUGGCCUGUCUGGCACCCAUGAUUUGCUUCCUCGCAUUCAAUCUCUCCGCACGCUUGAUAUCCACGAUAGUCUUCUGCCCGAGCAGAGUGCAAAGUCGCUCAACAUGAUCAACGAAGCAGCGCUCAUCAUCCGAAACAUGGUCAUGCUGAAGGAGAAUGCUUUGUUUGCCGCACUCGUGCCGUCCAUCCAAGAUAUGAUUGUCAUUGUUCUCAACCUGCCCAUAUACUCAUCGGUAGUAGAAUUGCAACACUACGCCCUCGAAAUCGCCGAGCAGCUGACAAAAUACUGGGUCCUGGACUCCCAAAGCCCGCUCUACCGUUCCCUGCUAGCACAGAUUGAUUCAGACGAUCGCGGUCGCAUAAUCACUUCCUUGAAGGCACUUGCACGAAUAGCUAUGAAUCUCGAAGCUACAAACAAACUCACCAAAGUGCCGACCAAGACUCUGAAGUCAAUAUGCGAUUGGUUGCUAGUAGAGGAUGAAGAUCUCCGCAUAGCCUGCCUGGACUUUCUCUACCUGUUUACUGGUUUCCCAGAUAAUGUUGAGACACUUGUACAUGAGGUCGACAUUGAAGGCGUUAUCAAGCAAUUAGUACGGCUGCUGCAGUAUGGUGCGAUCGUCUAUGAGGAACGCAGAACUACCCCAAAGAUUGCAAAAUCAUCAACUCCACCGGAAAACGCACCAAAAUUGUCCUCCGCCAUCAUUGACCAUCUAGUCACCCUGGAUGAACCAGAGCGAAGCUCGCAAUGGCUGAGGACUUGUUUCGAAGAGGACCCCGCCGGCGAGAUCACACAAAUUCAGCUAUGGUCAGCAUACAACGCAGCCUUCUCAGAGCACAUGACACAUAAUCCAGCCUCUUUCAAAGCGCUCAUGCCGGCAAAGGACUUUAUUACAAACGUUUCAACUACGUUUGGCGGAGCAUCCGCUCAAGUUCUAACGGUAGGCGGACAGCCAAAGUAUACCAUCCGGGGCAUACGGCCGCGUUCCGUGCCAGUCGAUCCGAGCACAAAGAAGCCGUAUAUGCGCUGUUGCUGGCACCCGCCAAGCUUACUGAACGGCCACACCGAUUCCAAGCAUUCCACCGCAAAUGUCGAGUGUGGUGAGUAUGCGUCCGGUGCGAGAUCCAUGUGGGAACAUGUCGUUAGCACACAUCUUCAAGUUCCUCGUGAUCAGGAGACAGGCCAGUGGCUGCUGGAGCCCAAACCGGACAUUGACAUGGAAAACGGAGACGUGGUUUCGGCGGCUCCACCUUCCAGGUACUUUUGUCACUGGGGUGGAUGUACGCGUUUCUCGCCCAAUGGCACUGAAUCUGCGUUUGAAGCUGGACAGCAUUUGAAGACGCAUUUGCCAGAUACCAGCAUAAAGCAUGCCAUCCACGCAAAGCAUAAUCGAACGCCGUCGGAAUCUCGCCCCGUGACCUCUCAUUCCCAGGCACGACAUGAGAGCCUACAGCCGCAAUUCGGACAGCCUGUCGGAUUGGGCAGCCUGGGCAUGAACGGCCGGCCUCAGACUUCAACCAGCUCUGCCAGCAGAAGCGUCCUUGGUAGAGAAGACGGGUCAGGCCCACAAUCAGCACCCAACUUCCGUUACUACAACACAGCGACAGACGAGACCAACGAUGCCGCAGGCCUUCCUCUGUCCUCAGUCCUCGUCCUCCGCAACCUUGCUCGCCAGCUCAACAAGAUCCCGCCGCCCACGUCGGUCACGGAAAUCACAUCGCCCUCGUCUCCGCACCACAAGCGCACAUUCAGCGCCAGCGAAGGCAGCCCCGAAGCCGCGCGACGCGCGACAACGGGCGGCAAGAAACCGCGUCUCAGCGACGCCGUGUCGGAGCAACGGCGCGAGAACGAAGAGCGAGAAGAGCAAGAAGCAAAGAAUGCCGGUUGGGUGCCUCGCAUGUUUACCCCGCUCAGAGACCAGAUUGCCUUCACCGCCAGUCAUAAUCUUACCCUCAGGAACUACAUUGGUGGCUUGCUCAAAGCCAUUGCUGAGGGGGGAGGUUGA